ACGGCACGGUUUCUAUUUUGCGUUUCUUUCUUGAAUUCAGUUACUUUAUCGCGCUGAGUGAGGCCGUAUCUCAUUCGCGCGUGCAUUUUGUAAUUAAUUUAUUUAGUGUACAUAAGUUUUGUAAAAAGGACAAAUUGAAGUAGUGUAAAUUAGUGAAACGAUACAAAAGAUUAGAACGGAACAAAGUGGUUCGAUGGACUGUGUUGUUUGUGUAGUGAUUUUACAAAUUUAUGGAUUUGGAUUGGUUUUCGUACUAACCCCGUUCAAAAGGACGACGACGAGCAGGCUGUGAUUUUUGGAACUCAUACCCUGAAAGAGGAAAUUGGUUGAACUCAAAUUUUGACAUUUCAUUAGUGUGAAAGUAGACGAGAGUGGAAUAAUCCGAACGAAUAACGAAGUGAUUUCGGUAGUGGGACCAUUUUGGAUUGUUAGCAUCGUUUGUUUUCGGUCGGCUUAUACCGGACGGUGGCGCCAUCUGCGAAGAGAAGUGCGGUGUGAACUUCGCCCGAUCCGGAGUAUAGCUCGUCGCGAAAAAAUGCUUUACGUGUCUGCACUUUCGCUGGCAAAGUUGGUGUGCUAGUUGCGGGUCUCCAGUCUGGUGUCCUGAUCUUUUUGGAGUCGCUCAGUGCGGGACUGUCGCUGUUGUGAAGGAAAUCCAUGGACAAAAGCUAAGUGUGCUAUUCUACAUGGUGUUGUUGAGGGGCUAAACCAUGGCCACCGCCGAAAUGAGCCUUCCCGACAAGAAGCCGGAGCACGAGUCAGGAUAUUACGAAGGUAGCGACCAGGAGGGCAGCAUGGAGUGCGGGUGCCCGUCCCCGGUCAGUUCUCGCAACUCGUCGCAUUCCACCAAGCUGAAGCGUCGCCACAGCGCCCAGAAGCACAAAAAGGUGCCGAUCAAGAAGGCCAAAGCUGAUCCGCCCGUGAACGGCCACAGUGACUCCAGCAGCAGAUUGAAUACGGACAAGAGUGUAGAAAUAAUUGAGUGUUCAAGUGUGCCCUCGGUGAAGGAUCCCAAGAAUGUUGAGGAAGUGCCCCCGGUGCCCGGACCGAGCUCGAAGAGAAGCAGUUCCGUUGAAUUGAUCGGUGGGACCGUACCACCACCAGCGAGGGAUUCUGUGGACUGGAACCUGGUGGAUGCUAGUAAAAUUAGGAAAAGAAAUAAACUUAAUCUAAAUGGAGCUUCAAAAGUGGACAUAUCACAUUUCGACUUGCUCAAAGUCCUCGGCACGGGAGCUUACGGCAAAGUGUUCCUAGUAAGAAAAAGAUGUGGUGUUGACGAGGGUAAACUAUACGCAAUGAAAGUUCUCAAAAAGGCAUCAAUAGUACAGAAGUUAAAGACAGCGGAACACACUAGGACAGAAAGACAGGUCCUGGAAGCAGUACGAGCGUGCCCAUUCCUGGUUACACUACACUAUGCCUUCCAGACUGACGCUAAGCUUCACCUCAUAUUAGAUUACGUAGCCGGCGGCGAAUUGUUCACGCACCUUUACCAGAGGGAACACUUCAACGAGAACGAAGUACGGAUAUACAUAGCCGAGAUCAUACUAGCUUUGGAACAGCUGCAUAAGCUGGGCAUCAUCUACCGAGACAUCAAACUGGAGAACAUCCUCCUGGAUGCGGAAGGUCACAUCGUGUUGACCGACUUCGGUCUCUCCAAGGAGUUCUGCGGCGGCGAGAGCCGGGCAUACAGCUUCUGCGGGACCAUCGAGUAUAUGGCACCAGAGGUCGUCAGGAGCGGCAGUCAAGGCCAUGAUAUCGCCGUAGACUGGUGGUCAGUGGGCGUCCUGACAUACGAGCUGCUGACCGGAGCGUCCCCAUUCACGGUGGAAGGCGAGAAGAACACGCAGCAAGAGAUCACCAAGCGCAUCGUGCGGUGCAGCUACCCCAUACCGACUGACGUCAGCACCGAUGUGCAGGACUUUAUCAAGAGGCUCCUGGUGAAGGACCCUCGACGCCGGCUGGGCGGCGGCGAUGACGACGCGGAGGAGCUCAAGAGGCACCCGUUUUUCCAGAACCUAGACUGGGAGGCGGUGGCCCGUCGUGAAGUGCCCGCUCCAUUCGUGCCUCAGCUAUCGCACGCAGCAGAUACCUGUAACUUUGCGGAUGAGUUCACGCGUAUGCCGCCUACAGACUCACCAGCCCAGGCGCCCAAGCACCACGACAAGCUGUUCCUUGGAUACUCUUACGUGGCGCCCAGUAUACUGUUCUCCGAGAACAUCAUAUCGGACCAAAUCUGGAUGCAGGCCACGGGACAGAAGCACGACAAACUUAAGGGAUGGGUCGCCAAGGAUUCGCCGUUCUUCCAAAAGUACGCGGUUGAUCUCAGCACGCCACUACUGGGCGAUGGCUCAUACUCGGUGUGCAGAAAGUGCAUUCACAGGCAGACUGGCAAGGAGUAUGCCGUUAAAAUAAUCUCAACACAGAAAAAAGAUAUUAGGCAAGAAAUUGAACUGCUCAAGGCGUGUCAAGGGUGUCCCUACAUAAUCACCCUGCACGAAGUUUUCCACGACUCGGCCUUCAGCUACAUAGUAACAGAGUUAGCGCGUGGCGGCGAGCUGGCAUCCCAACUGACCGGAGCACUAGACGAGCGUCUGGCACGACGUGCAUUGGCUCAGCUCGCGCGCGCCGUGCGACAUAUGCACUCGCGCCGCGUCGUGCACCGCGACCUCAAGCCCGAGAACAUUCUCCUGACGAGUUCCCGUCUGAGCGAGGCUAAAGUGAAGGUGGUGGACUUCGGCUUCGCGCGCCGCGCGCCCGAGUGCGACGAGAGGCAGCGUAUGAUGACGCCGUGUUUCAGCUUACCGUACGCGGCGCCAGAGGUGGUGUCUCGCGCGCGAAGCUCGACCGCGCCGGGCUACGGGCCCGCCGUCGACCUGUGGAGUCUGGGCGUCAUCUUCUACUGCAUGCUGUGCGGCAAGGCGCCGUUCCAGCCGGGCUGCAAGAAGGAGCCCGUCACCGUGUUCAUGGACCGCAUCCGCAGCGGCAGCUUCUCUAUGGAAGGCCCGCACUGGGAGCACGUGUCUCCGGACAGCAAGCGCCUGGUGUCCGAGCUGCUGUCCGUGGAGCCGGCGCGCCGCCCCAGCGCUGCCGAGCUGCUGCAAGCGCUGGGACACGCUGACGAAGCUAGCUUCCAGCUCGCUGACAUGACCAAAGCGGAUCUGUACAAGCGUCGCAGCAAGAACAAGCGGCCGCCCAGCACUGAAACGUCCGAAGAAUUGCUCCACACUCUCGGCCAGAUACGCUCUCAUGCUAGUUCCAUCGACCGCGACCUGGAGCUCAUCAAGGCUCACACCCUGCCUACGCCCGCCGACGAACCGCCAGAACCUACCUUCAACGACGACGACAUACCCUCAGUCAAACCAGUCGAGAAAACCUACGCGAAGUCUCGCUCCAAACUCGACGACUAUAUCUAUAUCGAAUCCAGCCAGGGCCUGGACGAAACAGAAGUCGCGUUCCCGAAAUCGACUCGCACCAAAAAGAGCAAAGAACGACAGUCCCCACCUAGGAAACGCAGAAAAAUCGACGUCAGAGACGCAAAGAAAAAUCAACUCAAUAUCAACGGGGAUAGAGAACUUCGCAGCAAAACUGAGGAGAAGGUAGAACAACGCGUGUUGAGAAGCAAGAGCGCUAGUGAAAAGGAAAAAGACAAGAAGAGGCCCACUAAGGAAUCAAUAGAGAACGAAAAGACGGUCACUCGUGUCACCCGCAAACGGAAGUACGAAGAAACAACCAAACCGGUUCUCAGAGAGAAGGGUCAAAACGGGCAUUCCUCCAGGAAAAACAGCGCCGAACCCGAAGUGUCUACUAGGAAAAUCGCUCGCGCGAAGAAAACUAAAGCGCCCAUGCCCCCGCUGAAGCUGGAUUUAGAACAAAACGUACGAAUGACUCGCUCCCGGCGGAGACGUCUCGAGAUCAGUCUGUCUCCCUCUCAAGUGAAGAGCGUCGCUCCUGCUUUCUCUUUCGAGUCCGACCGACGAGUGAACUCCGUCGAAAGCUCCCGGUCCGCUAAAGUCAACACCAAGAAGGCCCCGGCCCGUAAAACCAAAACCAAAGCUAAAAAAACACCCGUUCGAUCCACCCGCACCCGCGCCACUAGAAGGUGAAAAAAUCAAAAACCAAUCACGUUUCAAAUCACGCCAUCCGUUAACCUGAACGCGAUAGUAGACUGUUUCUUCUAGUUUAAAAUUCCAAAAUGGCGUCGUAACCUCAAAUUCCAAAUAACGAGACAGUGAUGCAAUAAUGGACGCUUUGCUCACGAUUAGAAUAGCGAAAUGAAUAAAGAUGAUUAUUUAUUCGACAGAGUAAGUUUUAUUGUGUAACGCGCGAUCUAGCUCGCGUCUCGCGAUAGACAUGUUUUUAUUUUUUAAUCCUUUUAUUUAAUGUUACUAUUAAUUUUUAAGACACUUUUUCCCUUAUUAAUUACCAUUAGAGUUAAUUCUUUGACGUUGGUUAUUAUGUAUUUUGAAUAGAUAGAUAAAUAGGCUAAUAGAACCGGUGUGUCUGUCCACUCCAUCUUUAGUCGUUGAAAUUGAUGUUAGAGCGAACACUUACAAACAUCCUUCGGCCGUCGUCCGCUAGAUGGCGCCAUCAGGUGUCUGUCAAAUGCACAAAAAUUUUGAAAGUACCCUCGUGAACAUUAACCGUUAUGUAUUCGACCGCAUCCACAUUGAUACGGAUAAUGUUUUGUAACGAAUAUAUUGUGGUUAAUUAAAUAAAUUAUUGUGAAACAAAGGCAGAUACCGUCUAACGAUGACGUCACCUUGUGAGCAAACGGACGACGCCCAACCAAAUAGUUUUAAUUGCAAAAGUUUUUCAACUGGAAACAACAUUUUCCAGUUCAAAAACUAGGUCCAUAUUUUACAGAUCUCUUUCAAUAAAUAUGAAUUUAGGUUGUUUGUGUGUGUAUAUUUGUUUGAAGUAUAGCAUAAUAGGUUAAAUUUGUAAAUGUUUUGAAUUAAAAUAAUGUAAUAUGGCAAUGUUUACCUUCCACAUAAUUGCAAAAAUAAAAAAUAUAAAAAAAUCUUUAUGAAUGGUGAAAGUGCCAAAGCAUGCUUGAAUUUUAUUGUUAAAAUAGUAUUGUAAAAUCGAUUAUUAAAUCUAUCGGUUUCUUGAUAACUUCCUAAAUACUUUUUUCUAAUCGUAAUUACUUUUGCUGUAAGCGCUUUUACCAAAUUUUGUUUUGAUUGAUAUUUUUUCCAUGUAAAUAAAAAUGUAAUAGCAUUUAGUACAAAAUCGGUGGAAGAAUUAUUUAUUAUUAUAUUGAAGAAAAUCUCAAUUUUGUAACGUUCGGAGUGAGGAGACUUGGCACAGGCGUGUACUCUCGACGCAUGUUGUUGUUUUCAUUCAAAGUUUAGGAAUUGAUGAUUAUAAAGGUGAUUUUAGUGUACAAUUAAUCAAAUACACUCGAAGAACCCAAAAAAAAAAACACCCAAAACAAAAUAACGUGUUGACAAAUCUUAACUGAAAAAAUCGCCUUGAAGUAAUGUACCUUGAUUUAAAGGGCUAGCAAUACAGUGUAACUAGUUAAAAAUGUUUUUCAUAUUUAUAUCGUCAUAGUUUGAUGUCUCAUGUAAUAUAGAUUGUUUUUAACUUAAUAAAUUCUAUGAUUAAAUCGACAUGUUCAAUGACGAUAUCGUAACAGCUCUCAGUCAUGAUUUUGGCAGUUUGUCACUAUCUAGUCUUAAGUCUAUAGCCCAAUUAAUUGUUGAAUUUGUCAUCAGAUACAAAAAUAUUGAUGCACCAAUAUCCAUCAAUAUUGUUACAAUGUAAUCAGUUGUUAUGGCAUUAUUUUGAGUUUCAGGUAGAAACAACAGACUGCGAAAUGUUCCCAAAUAGAUAUAAGACCUGUUUCAAUUUGUUAAACAUUAUUGGGUUCAAUUGUUUGGCAAAAUAUAUAAAAAUGUAAUAAGUUUUUAAAGACAGAAAUGAAUUAAAUUUAUAUGUGUAAGGUAGGAGGAAAUUCUUCUGUUAUGCCCGCAGAUGUAAUAGUAAUAAUUAUAUUUUGUAUUUGUUACAUGCAAUGAGUAUCUAACACCAACAGAGCGUUCGAUUGUCGUGCGUGUCUUUCGUUUGAUGUAAGAUAAUCGCGGUGGUUGCUGCAUGAGCGCUUUAGUUCAAUAUCAGUUCAAUAGAAUAGUGUGUGAUCAUGGCGGUGUCGCGUGUUGCCUCCCGCUCGCACUCCAACGAAGCAAUCGGCGUGAGAGGGACGCAACACUCGCCUCGCCGCGUGCCGAGGCGGACUCGCGUCCUUACAUCGGAGAUUGAGAAUCUCCACGCUUCGCAUAGUCUCACGUGCUACGUGAUAAAGUUUGUAAAAGUGCACUUAAAUGGAUUGUACCAAAAGAUUAUAUAAUUUUAUAAUAAAGUGUUAGAGGUUUAUGCGUCGGCGUUCAACAAAUUUUGUAAGUUCAAGGCGCCGGCCGGAGAUAUUGGAUUGUAAUAAAUAUACCAUUUUAACAUUA